ACCCUUGACGCAGCUGGUUUGAUACUUUCCACUACUCCUUUUACCUUUUAACUCACUUAUACAAAUAUGCAGUUUCGUAACAUACAGUUGCCCGCUUCACAAACAGGCGUUGAUUUCGGUGUGGAACUCGUCGGCUGUGACCUUGAGAACCUCACUGAGGAACAGUUCAAGGAAAUUGAAAAGGCUGUCUACACACACCAAGUCCUAGUCAUCCGUAACCAAAGCCACGUUUCUCCUGAGACUCAGUACAAGCUGACCAAGAGAUUCGACCCGGAAGUUGACACGUAUGGCCACGGCACUUCUCACCAGUCUAAGAAAAGUGUCAUUGCUAGAGACCUUUCUCCUCUCCCCGGUGUACCCCAAGUGCAGCUACUUGGUCAUGGUACUGUUCACAACCAUCAUGGUAUCGAGGAACGUAAGCUUAACCAUCCCAGCCAUAGAAGCUUCCACCAAACUCAGUUGUCGGAGGAGGACGAAAAGGCUGGCAAGACCAGAUUCUACCGAUGGCAUAUGGAUGCUGCACUUUAUGAGCUCAACCCACCUCUUAUUACGACAUUGUUUGCCGUUCAGACACCCGAACACCGCAGAGAGCUGGUUGUUUAUGAUGAUGGAAGUGAUCAGAGCAUGGACGUGCAACUUGGUACUACUGCCUUCAUAUCUGGUGCACAUGCUUUUGAUAUCCUUUCACCUGAGAUGAAGGACCUCGCAUUUCGCACUCAAGUCAAGUAUGCUGCCCAUCCAUAUCUUUGGAUCUCUAAGGCAAGAGCACACUCUACUGGAUUAGGCAUUGUUUCGGAAGGUAGAGAGCUUCCCAAGGAAGAGCUCCCUCCAAUUAAAGAAGAGGCUAUCAAGAUCUACCCCAUGCUUUGGAAGAACCCUGUCACUGGCAAGAUCCACCUCCAAGUUCACCCAUGUGCUGUUGAGGAUCUAAUCAUAGAUGGCAAGCCUGUGGGUGAUCUGAACAAGGUUCGCGAACUUCUUUAUCAGAUCCAGCGUCCUGCAAUCAACCCAGAAAAUAUAUUGGCUCACGAAUGGGAGGAUGGCGAUAUGGUCAUUUUCCACAACCGAGGUGUUCUUCACAGCGUUGUUGGUAGCCUGCGUGAUGAUGACAAGCGUAUUUACCAUCAAUGCAACUUAGCUAGCGCUAAGGAACCCGAGGCUCCUAGCGAAGAAGAUCGCAAGCCUUACAUCCUUGCCCACUAAAUACUUGUAUUCCAUUGUCCAUUAUUUUAUUUGUCUAAAAAGAACAAAAACCUUGUCAUAAAAAAAUAAAAAUUAUCAAAUAUUACUUUUUUGUAGAGCAGUGUAGAGAAAUGCUUGGGUAUCAAUUAUUGGCGAUGUGUAUGUCAAUGUGAGGGUAUAAGUGAG